CCUAAUUAGUUUCUUUUAAAAUUAAUGUAACAAUGUUACGAAUUUACAUUAAAUUGUGGUCACUUGUUUAAUUGAACAAUUAAUUGUUCUUGUUGAAAACUGCGUUCAACUUAUGAGUUGAUAUUCACAAUUAAAGUGAUUCGUUUGUGUGUGUUUACGUCUAUAGGCCUUUCUUAUUAUUUUCCAUUCGGUUGAAUCUUUUUUUUUUGUUUUAAUCUUCUUUGUGACAUUAAUUAUGGAUAGUUAUGAUGAUAUUAGUUCUACUACAAUGGAUAAUGUUUAUGAUAAUAUAGUUAAAAGUAAUAACAAUAUAAAUUUCCAGUCUUCUCCUGAUUCUUCGGAUACCUGGGAAUAUACUAUGAGACGGGAUAGACAAGAGAUUGUUCCUGGAAUCUAUUUGGGUCCCUAUUCGUCGGCGACAAGGUCAAAAAUAAACGAGCUUCACCAAGAUGGUAUUACUCAUAUUAUCUGUGUACGAGAUGAAUCUGAAUCGAAAUUCAUCAAACCCAAUUUUCCUGGUCAAAUUCAAUACAUGGUUCUUAAUAUUUCAGACAAUUUUUUCCAAGCGAUAAUACCUUUUUUCUCUCAAGUAAAAGAUUUUAUCAACGAUUGUCUCAAUAAACAUGGUAAAGUUCUAGUUCAUGGUAAUGCUGGUAUAUCUCGAUCUGCAUCCCUGGUUAUUUCUUACCUAAUGGAUGUUUCAGAAUUAAGUUAUCCUCACGCUUUAGCUCUUGUUCAAAGUAAAAGAUAUUGUGUUCAUCCGAAUCCCAAUUUUCAAAGGCAACUAUUGGAAUACGAGCCGAUCUUAAGAGCUCAGAAUGUUAUGCGAAACUUUCCAUCUAAACGAGGCCAUGAAUUGAUCGAAGAAGCAAUUACUGGUUGAUUAAGAUUUUCGUUUAAAUGUUCAUUGGACAGAGAAUUUCAUCAUUGUUUAAAAAAAAGUGUUUUUUCCUUUAUUUUUUUUUCGUUGAAAAGCCAAAAUUGAAACUUGGACCCAUGUGAUUUGUUUUACAGUUUCUUUUGUAUGUUUUUCUUUAUUUAUAAUUAAUGUUAAUGGUCAUGUUUGUUAUAACACUUUUUCUUGUGAUGAUAAAAAUGAUACUGGAUUUGACGAGCUA